UUACACCGUUACUUAAAUAUCCUGCAUCUCCAUCAUCAGAAAGCAUUAAACUCAUAUUAUUUAAUUCGUACUCAUCAUCCUCAUCAUCAGAGGGUUCCGAGUUAGAAUCUGAAGAAUCGAAUACACUUGCUUUUAUCUCGGUUGAUUCCACUGGAAUCGUUUCUGAAUUAGAGAGAGUGGAUGUGUUACUUACCUCAGUUUCUCACCUACUUCAGUUUCGGAGCGAAGAAGACUUCCUCAAAAGCUACUGGGAAUCUGUACGUCAAGAUCAUCAAGAAAAUGAAAAGGUUAAAGUUCAAUGUACGGAUGAUAUAUUUGUGUGUGAUGGAGAAGUGCAGAUUGGUACCGGCAAUUACAUUAUCCGCGAACGAUCUUUUGAACAACCGGAGGAAAAACCAAGUAAAAGGAGAAAAUCUGAAGAAGAUAAAUUCCCCGAUAAUGUUAGAAUGUGGUCACCAGAUCAUGUUAAAAAAUUUCUUGAAUCCCGUAUGGAUGGCUCGGAUUUUAACAAAGAUGAUAUUAAUAAACUUCGGUCACAAGAUCUUACCGGCAAAGCUUUUCUCCAUUUAACCGAAGAAAAACUUACGCGAAGACCUGGUUUAUAUGAACUCAAACCAAGUCCUGUGGAAGGGAUUAUGGAAUUAGUUGAGGAGCUUAAAGAAAAAUUAGGUGAGUAA